GCCUAGACACCGUCUUCCUGGUAUCCCUAAUGUCGAAGAUUUUGCCUUACCUCUACGUUGGUGACGUUGACACGGCUCACAGCCUCUUUGAACCAGAAAGCCAAUCCUGGGACAGUGACGAGACCCCGUCCCUUGAAGUCAAGGGCGUGAUAUCUGCGUGCUUCGAUGUCCCUAGGUGGUGUAAUGACUAUUCUAGGUGUGACCACCAGAAUGAAGUUUAUUCACGGUUAAUCAAGUCACCUCACUACGACCCUAGUUACAUUGAUCUACAUAUAGAUCGCAUCCCACGUCAUUCCGAUGAGGAUGACAACUAUGUAAUUCACAUGUCAAUAAAGGCCAAUGACGCUCGUAGUGAGCCACUUUACCGUGGUUUUCUCAUGACAUUUGAGUUUAUUGAAUCCGUGGAAUCCAUUGCCAAUGGCGCUACUUACGUUCACUGUAUGAUGGGUAUGUCACGCAGUUGCUCCUUGGUAUGUGCGUACCUCAUGAAGAAGUACGACAGCCCAUACACCGAGGUGCUUAACCAAAUUCGGAGGAAACACCCUAUUGCAAUGCCUAGUGAUGGUUUCGUAUGCCAGCUGAUACUAUUCUACCAAAGGGAUUUUACAAUUCGAAAUGAAAAGGAGUUUUGGAGUGCCUAUCGCAACUUAUUGUCCACGAUCGACCUCGAUCGUCUUGAGUACUUUGAGACAAAGAAGUCAAAUGCCGACCUAGACAACAGCCCAUCGGUAUACGGAUGCGCUAAAUGUAGGCAGACUCUAUUCUAUGCCCAGAACGUCAUACCGCAUGUACCUGGAGAUACUAUAGGCAAUACAGAACCCUGCAGCAGUGUAUUUGUAGAGCCUAUGGACUGGAUGGUUGAUGUUGACGGCCAGUCGGGGAAGAUUAUAUGCAAAAACAGGCGCUGUUCAGCGAAGUUAGGCUUUUACUGCUGGCACGGUCGUCGUUGUUCCUGUGGCUACCUACAGGUUCCCGCAUUCCAGAUACAACUGUCUAAAGUGGACAAGCUACCGGUUGAAUCGAGCUUGGGCGGUAUAACCCCAAAUCGUAAUGACGACUUGCUAUAAAAAUUAUGUCCCAUGCACUAUAACAGAUAUUAUUCCUUA